AUGGAUCAUGAAAAGACCGAAUGCCAAGCUCCCCCUGAAGGUCCUAUAUUGUGCAUUAACAACUGUGGAUUUUUCGGAAGUGCAGCUACGAUGAACAUGUGUUCGAAGUGCCACAAAGACAUGAUGUUGAAACAGGAGCAGGCCCAGCUUGCAGCAUCAUCCCUUGGAAGUAUUAUGAAUGGUUCUACAAGUAAAACUGAAAAAGAACCUGUUGUUGCUGCCAACAUGGAUAUCCCAGCCAUUUCAGUGGAACCAAAAACUAUCUCCAAGCCAUUUUUAUUUGACUCCUCUUCAGAGGAGAGUGGUGAUGCCAAGCCAAAGGAUGGUCCGAAGCGUUGCAGCAACUGCAAUAAGCGAGUUGGUUUGACAGGGUUCAAUUGUCGAUGUGGUAACCUUUUCUGUGCUGUGCAUCGCUACUCAGACAAGCAUGAUUGCCAGUUUGAUUAUCGCACUGCUGCACGAGAUGCCAUAGCUAAAGCAAACCCAGUUGUCAAAGCUGAGAAGCUUGACAAGAUUUAA